GCUCAUAUUUCUCUUUGUUGUAAUAAGUAUAGAAUUUUUUAUAUAUUGAUCUAUUUACUUGUUUAAUAAAUAGUUUAAUAAAAAGUUAAUGUAAUAUAAGAAUCUCAAUUAGAUUAUUGGGUUAUUUAUUUUUUUUUUAAAUCACAUUAUAAAUUGCAAUUGCAAUUAGAUUUGUUUCCCCAAUCCAUUAGGCUGUUUUUCAAUGAAUGGCUGAUAACGUUUCUCAAGCCACCACCAUUGGCAGGUUUGGCAAAAAGUUAGUUUUAGACUUACGGAUAAUUAAAUGCAUCCCUCAAGAGAGUUUGCCCGUGUCUGUUCGCAGUGGUACGACGCAGACCAGGAUGGGUUGUUGAGCGCAGAUGAUCUGUCUGGCCUGAUGGGGGCGCUGGUGGGUGUCCCUCAGUACUUUAUCACAGAGAUGUACACGGCGCUGACCACCAGGGAGCGACCCACUGAAGAAACUGGACCCGGCUGGUCAGCCCACCAGCUCGGCACAUCCGGCCCGCUUUUCACCGGACGACCAGUUCUCCAGACACCGCGUGACCAUCAAGAAACGCUUCGGCCUGCUGCUGACGCAACAGCCGCGGCCCCUGCUCUGAACACACCGCCAGUGGACUUUACACAAUUCAUUCGUUUUAAUAGAACAAUGUGAUGUUCACUUUCUCAUUACUGAAAAUAUGGCAUCCGUAUUUGUUGUUGACUCGGUUUAUUCAGUUUAGUGUAUUCACGUCAUACACACGUGCAGUGCAAUAAACUGAGCGAUUCGUAUAUUUGUGUUCCAAAUUUAUUUGGAAAUAAAAUGUUUUUUUUUUCUUUUUUGUUAAAAAUAAAAUGCAAAUUAAAGAAAUAUAUAUAUGGAAAUUAAAAAUGAGCAUUGAAGCCCAUUAAUUUCAGCGCUUCUCAAGCAGAAAGUUGAGGAAAUUACAGCAGUUUUUGGAAUUUUAACGCGUUCGUUUACCUCUCGGAAAUAUGGCCAGUAGUUGUAUUUUAUGAAACACGUUAUAGUUAAUGUUUAGUUUUAGAUAAUCUGCAGUUAUGCUAUAUUUGACGUGAGAAACACGUUAAUAGCGAUCAUAACCAGAUGCUAUUUGUCAUAUUUUUAAGUUUGUAGUCUUUCUGCAAUCUUUCUCUCAUUGUAGGAAGUUGAACGAGUUUCAGUGAAGACUGCCCAUUAAAGCAAUACAAGAAAGCA